CAGUCUAGUAAAUAUAUAAAUGUCUAUGCAUUCGACCGAUACGUAAAUCUCUUCUGUUAUCUAAAAGCGAUAUCACUUUUAAAUUAUAUUUAAAAAACUAUCUCUGUAUUAUUUAUAUAUUUAAUAAAUAAUUUUCUUAAAGUUUAAAUUGGGGAAAUCCAAAAUGCCUUUGCCAGCAGCAUUAGCUGCACGUCUUGCGAAAAGAGGGUUAAUCACUGGAUCUGAAAAGCAUGUUAAUAAAAAGACUGAUCGUAUGAAUCGCAGGCUAUUGUUGCAUGCAUUUGUAAUUUUAAGUUGUGGUAUUUUAUAGAAUCUGGGAAAAAAGAAGCCAAGAAGAAGGUGCAUGAAGAAGUAAUAGCUGAAGAUUAUGAUAACACAAAAGAAGAGAUUAAUCAAAUUGAUAUAUCUCAGAAAUUUAUGGGUUACAAUGGAUGUCCUAAUAAGUAUAAUAUUUAUCAUGAAUGUACGAAAAAAUGUAAAGAGUUAUGGGGCAUGGGACGUGGGCAACCUUCAGAUAAAUAUUUGAAACAACAAAUGAAAUUAAUUCAAAAAUAUCCGUUACCAGAAACUUGGAAAGCUGUUUACGAUCCUGGAUCUGGACAGCAUUAUUAUUGGGAUUGGUCAUCUGAUUUGGUAUCUUGGUUACCACCUGGCCAUCCAAAAUGUCAAAUAUCGCAACCUGCAUCCCAAUUACGCGAAGAAUUACAUUUGAAGGCAGGAGAUCAAGAUGAUAACAUAUCAAGUGAUGAUAGCAGUGAUCAAGAGCAAAUGGAAGUAGAAGAAAAUGAACCUGUCAAAAAAGAUAGAAAGAUUGAAAGUCGUACAAGAUAUAAAGGACCAGACAAUAAAAGGAUUCAUAAAUCUGAUAGAAGUGAUGGUAAAGAUACUAAAGAUCGCACUUUGGAUCCUAUGGAUCCAGCAUCCUAUAGCGAUAUUCCCAGGGGUAAAUGGUCAGAUGGAUUAGCUAAACAUAAUGAAGCUAAAACUGGUGCUGAUACAACCGCUUCAGGCCCUCUUUAUCAAAUGAGGCCAUAUCCCAGUCCAGGCGCAGUGCUUCGCUCUAAUAGAGCCAAUAAAACAGAAUCGGAAUCAUCCAACAAACCGAAAGUUAUGUUUCCUGAAAAACCGGAAUAAAUGCACAUUGUGAUAAUAAGUUUGAUGACUUAAUUUUGUGUGAUUAUGAUAAUAUAUUUAAUGACAAAACAUGA